CCGGCAGAGGAAGUUUUGCCCCACCGAGGAGAGCGGGGCGGGGGGCACAGGGGGGCGGGACACGCCGCUGUUAGCACAGCCUUUUCGGCGUAGAGGAUCCCCCACACACACGCACGCUGCCCCCCGCCCGAGGUUUCUUUGGGUCCAGCCGGAAUUCGCGACGCUCCCGGGGAUUUUCCCACCCAAGCUGGGGUCUAUGAGCGGGAAGGUGAUCAAGCCCAAAGAAGAGAAAGAUGCUUCCAAGGUUAUGGAUGACGCUCCCCCUGGCACUCAGGAGUACAUUAUGUUACGGCAAGAUUCCAUCCAAUCUGCGGAAUUAAAGAAAAAAGAGUCCCCUUUUCGUGCUAAGUGUCACGAAAUCUUCUGCUGCCCACUGAAGCAAGUGCACCUCAAAGAGAACACAGAGCCAGAAGAGCCUCAGCUUAAAGGUAUAGUAACAAAGCUCUACAGCAGGCAAGGAUACCACUUGCAGUUGCAAGCAGAUGGAACAAUUGAUGGAACAAAAGAGGAAGACAGUACUUAUACUUUGUUUAACCUCAUACCUGUGGGUUUACGAGUGGUGGCGAUUCAGGGGGUUCAAACAAAAUUAUAUCUGGCAAUGAACAGUGAAGGAUACCUAUAUACAUCAGAACAUUUUACACCUGAAUGCAAGUUCAAAGAAUCAGUGUUUGAAAACUACUAUGUGACAUAUUCCUCAAUGAUCUACAGACAGCAACAGUCUGGCCGGGGUUGGUAUUUGGGUCUUAACAAAGAAGGAGAAAUAAUGAAAGGAAACCACGUGAAGAAAAAUAAACCUGCAGCACACUUUCUUCCAAAACCCUUAAAAGAGUUCCAACAGGUUAAAGCAAACUACUGGCAGUGCUGCUUCUCUGCUUGCAAGGAAAUGCUGAUUUCUGUCAGCUCGGGUCUGCCCUGCAGGGCUGUUGGCCAUGUACAAAGAGCCUUCCCUCCACGACCUCACAGAGUUCUCCAGGUCUGGAAGUGGGACCCCAACAAAGAGCAGAAGCGUUUCAGGAGUGCUAAAUGGGGGUAAAUCCAUGAGCCAGAACGAGUCCACGUAGCCAGGUUGAGGCCAGCCAAGUGCUCUCUAAAGAACCUUACCUCU